CAGGUAUUUACUUCCAGUUUCGGCUGUAAUUAAGAAGAUCGCCACACCAGUACUCUAAAACGCACGGAAACAAUGUCGGGACAGGACAACCCUUCGUACCAAGGAUAUAAAUCCCAGAUGAAAUCCGCGUACGACAACAACGCCUCCUACGUUAUAGAUAAAGAUGACGUAGAGGUCAACGUGCAUUCGAAGUCGAAGAUACCUGAACAGUUUGACGACGGAAUAGAUAGGAGAUGUGGAUACGGAAAGCUGAAAGCGGGAUGGAUGCAGGUGUUCAACAAGAUGUCGAUUUUCGUCUUUUGGGCAUUCAUCUUGUGCUUCCUAGAAGGGUUCGCCGUCAACGGUAUCGGCAGUGCUGCUCUUCCGUCAAUAGAGCGUCAGUUCCAGCUUACCUCAACCAAGUCAGCCCUCAUUCCGAGUUCACAGGACAUUGGGGCACUUAUAGUUGUUCUCUUUGUUAGUUUCAUCGGCGGACGUCAUCACAAACCGUUCAUCGUUGCUUCAGGAGCUGUUAUAAUGGCCUUCGGCUCAUUCCUCUUCGUGGUACCCCACAUCGUUGAGAAAUACACACCUGGAGAUUUAUCCCAGUCACAAGAUGACAUAUGUCCUGCCGCAGCUGGCGGGGGAGGCGGACCGCCGCCAUCUUGUGAAUCGAGCGGAGAGAAGUAUCUUGGCGUAUUCAUGGCAGCACAGAUACUUCACGGUUUGGGAUUUACUUCAAUGUUUACACUUGGGACGGUCUACAUCCACGAGAACGAAGAUCAAGCCACGGCAGCUAUCUACAUCGGUCUGACGUACGCAGCUGCGGCGAUUGGGGUUGCUGCUGGCUUUUUCGCUGGUGGUCAGCUUUCAGAGAAGCUGUUCGUUGAUUUUGACAGAGUGGACCAGGAAAGUCUUGGGUUCAAUGCUCGUGACCAGCGAUGGAUUGGGGCGUGGUGGGUGGGAUUCAUCAUCUCCGCUGUGGGCUUUCUCCUGGUGGCAAUCCCCAUCUACGGCUAUCCAAAACACAUGCCAGGUUAUGGACCAAAAAAAGAGUCGAAGACGGAAGACAAAAAGGGUGUCGCGCAUUCUACCAAGCAAAUAAUUUUCUCGUUUUUCAAAGAUUUACUGACAUUGAUCAAAAACCCGGUAUACAUGUGCAUAAACCUGGGCGGAUGUGCAUCGUCCCUCAUUAUAUCCGGGGUGUCAGCCUUCUCGUUCAAGUUUCUUGCGGAACAGUACCGACUUAACUUUGAUGACGCUGGUUACCUUAUUGGAGGCCUCAUACUUGUUGGAGCCGUUGGCAUGGUGAUGGGAGGAGUACUUGUGAGGAUAUUUAGACUGGAGAUCGUUGGAAUGACGCGUCUUAGCAUGGUGGUUGCUCUUGUGUCCGCAGCGCUUGGAGUUAGUCUCCUUGCUGGGUGCCCCAAUGUGAACCUUGUAGGACUAUCAGUGCCUUACUCUGAUAACAGUGCUAUAAGCGGAUACCUUGACGCUUGUCAGGGGUCAUGUGAUUGCACAUCCAGCGCAUAUACUCCUGUGUGUGGCCAGGACAACAACUUGUAUUACUCCGCCUGUCACGCUGGUUGUAGCACAAAAGCGUCAGCGGGCCAGGACACGAGGUAUGGUAACUGUAGCUGUGUUGCCAGCCGCCUGAAUGUGCCUGUGACUGACGAAAAUGCCGUGGCUAUUUUGGGUAGAUGUGAGGAUAAUUGUACGAACCUUAAUAUCCUUGCUCCUUGUUUGUACGUUGCGCUCCUGACCAUACUACUAAGUGUCACCCCGACAUCUAUGGCAACGCUAAGGUGUGUUGACGAGGAUCACAGAUCGUUUGCAAUUGGGCUUCAGUGGCUAUUUCUAAGAUUAUUAGGUUUGAUCCCGGGACCUCUGUUGGUGGGCGCUGUCCUUGAUGGCACGUGUGAGAUUUGGACGGAGGUGCCUUGUAGCGACAGCAGAUUCUGUAUGAUGUAUGACCUAUCGCGCAUGUCCUCGGGAAUAAUGAUUUGGUGGGUCGUCAUUUCCGUCCUGACAGCCAUCUUCUAUCUUGCAGCUUCACUAUUUGCUUCAAGGAAUAAAAACAAUUUUGCCCUAGAUUCUAAAUAAAAGUAUCAAUAUGGUACUUGUCUGUAUUAUGCUAUGCAUUAUCAAUCAGAAGUGACUGAAAUGAAUGUUUGAAAUAAUAAAAGACAAUAAAACAACAAAUGCAUUCACUACUACGUCGAAAAUCAGUAUGGCGUUAUGAUGUCAACGUUUAAAUGAAGGUUGUGACCUGUAGAAGAACCUGAUAAAAAACGCUUCCCAUCUUACACUUGAUGUUUUUACGUAUAAUGUUGAACCAACACCUCACUUUCCAGUGCCUCUGAAAGGAUGAAAACUGAAGUAGCUGUGGCAGAAAUGUAUAUCAUGUUUUACUUCUGAUAAAAAAAAAUUCAUGUCUUUUUUAUUUGCUUUUUAAUUAUUAUUUUUAUUUUUAUAAACUGAAAGAAUGUUUGCUCUCGAUUGCAAUGCUGUAAAUGUUUACUACCUAUGUAGAAUCCAUUUAACGAGAAUGGUACAAAAACAUAAAAAAGUGAAUAUCUACAGUUUCGAUGAAUUAAUAUUUCUUUUUUUCAUGUUACAUAUUUACACUUAUUAAGAAAAAACAUAAUAUUGCCUUGACAUAAUUGAA